AUAUUUUCAAUUCUAUUAAUUUCAAAUGUCAGGUGUCAAUUUUUCAUACAGCAUUUCUCAUUUAUAUUGAUUAAAUUCGAAUAUAUCUAUACAUUAAACUAUAAUAAAAUGCCUAUUUUAUUAAAAGCGUAAGUAUAAUUUAAUUUCAAUGUGAAAAUUGUGAUAUAUAGCCAAUUUUUGAAUGAAAUAUAAAUAAUGGGGCCCCCUAAACGUUGGAGUUCUAACAAAUCUGACAAUAAAACGACUAAAAAGCGCAAAAAGGAAGAUAACGAUGAUUGGACUUACGAAGAAGAAGAUACUAACGAUACAGAAGGAACGGAAGGUGAUAUUCCAGGAGCAGCAAUUCGUGAUGCAGAAAAAAAUGAUCAAUCUGCACAGGAGGAUGAAUUCGGUGCUAAAGAUUAUCGAUCUCAGAUGAUUUUAAAACCCGAUAAUGCUUCAAGACCUCUUUGGGUAGCUCCCAACGGCCACAUAUUUUUAGAAUCGUUUUCUCCCGUUUAUAAACACGCUCACGAUUUUUUGAUAGCAAUUUCUGAACCUGUAUGUCGUCCCGAAUUUAUUCAUGAAUAUAAAUUAACAGCUUAUUCGUUAUAUGCCGCGGUUAGUGUUGGCCUACAAACAAACGAUAUAAUUGAGUAUCUGAAAAGAUUAAGUAAAACUAGUGUACCUGAUGGUAUUAUAGAAUUUAUAAAGUUAUGUACUUUAUCAUAUGGGAAAGUUAAAUUGGUAUUGAAACAUAAUAAACAUUUCGUGGAGAGUCCCUACCCUGAUAUUUUACAAAAGUUAUUAAAGGAUCCAGUCAUACAGGAAUGUAGAUUACGUAGAAAUGCCGAAAAUGAAAGUGAGGAGUUUAUUAAACAGGUUCAAGAUAAAAAAGUAGCACCAACUUUUGGGGCUAAACCUGGUACAUCUUCAGAGGCUAACACUGAAGGUACAACUGUGCCUGAAGAUAUCACUAGUUUUUAUGAAAAAAUCGAUGAAGGGGAAGAUGAAGAAGAUGCUUCUUUAGAAACUGUAUCAUUUGAAGUGAAUCAGGAAAAAAUUGAGGUUAUUCAAAAGAGGUGUAUCGAAUUGGAAUAUCCUCUAUUAGCAGAAUACGAUUUUAGAAAUGACACAGUUAACCCUGAUAUAAAUGUGGAUCUUCGUCCUUCUGCAGUUCUGAGACCCUAUCAAGAGAAAGCUUUGAGAAAAAUGUUUGGAAAUGGUAGGGCUCGAUCAGGUGUUAUAGUUUUACCUUGCGGUGCUGGAAAAUCUUUAGUAGGAGUAACAGCCUGUUGUACGGUUAGAAAAAGGGCCCUAGUGUUAUGUAAUUCAGGUGUAUCAGUGGAACAAUGGAAACAACAGUUUAAAAUGUGGUCUACUGCUGAUGAUAGCAUGAUAUGUAGAUUUACUUCAGAAGCUAAAGAUAAACCAAUGGGUUGCAGUAUUUUAGUAACGACUUAUUCCAUGAUUACCCACACCCAACGUAGAUCUUGGGAAGCUGAACAAACCAUGAAAUGGUUACAGGAACAAGAAUGGGGAAUAAUGAUUUUAGAUGAAGUCCAUACUAUUCCGGCAAAAAUGUUUAGAAGAGUACUUACCAUAGUACAGUCUCAUUGCAAAUUGGGCUUAACGGCUACUUUACUUAGAGAAGAUGACAAAAUUGCUGAUCUGAAUUUUUUAAUUGGACCUAAGCUGUACGAAGCCAACUGGUUAGAGCUGCAGAAAAGAGGUUACAUUGCUAGAGUACAGUGUGCAGAAGUUUGGUGUCCAAUGACACCCGAGUUUUAUAGGGAAUACUUGGUUUGUAAAACUAGUAAACGUCUUUUGUUGUACGUUAUGAAUCCAAACAAGUUUAGAGCCACGCAAUAUUUGAUUAGAUAUCACGAAAGAAGAGGAGAUAAAACAAUUGUUUUUUCUGAUAAUGUAUUUGCUUUGAAACAUUAUGCUAUUAAAAUGAACAAACCAUACAUUUACGGACCUACUUCACAAGGAGAAAGGAUACAAAUUUUGCAAAACUUUAAAUUUAAUCCAAAGGUAAAUACGAUUUUCGUUAGUAAAGUUGCAGAUACUUCCUUUGAUCUUCCAGAAGCUAAUGUUUUGAUACAAAUCUCAUCUCAUGGUGGAUCUCGAAGACAGGAAGCUCAAAGAUUAGGUAGAAUUUUGCGUGCAAAGAAAAACGCAGUGGCAGAGGAAUAUAAUGCGUUCUUUUAUACAUUAGUCUCACAGGAUACCAUGGAAAUGAAUUAUUCUAGAAAAAGACAAAGAUUUUUGGUCAAUCAAGGAUAUAGUUAUAAAGUCAUUACCAAAUUAGCCGGUAUGGACGAAGAACCUGAUUUGUUGUACAAAACUAGGGAUGAACAGGGACAGUUACUACAACAGGUUUUAGCUGCGAGUGAUAUCGAUUGUGAAGAUGAACGUAUACCAGGGGAAGGUGGUUCUAAAGCAGGUACCACUAGAAGAAUUGGGAAUAUGGGUUCCAUAUCUGGAGCAGAUGAUGCUGUUUAUUACGAAUACAAAAAGAAUUCAGGGAUGGGUCAAAAUAAACAUCCCCUCUUCAAGAAAUUUAGAUACUAAGUUUAUGUAAUUUGAUUAUUUAAUAAAAUAAUUUUUUGUUA